AUGUGUGACAUAUUUUCAAACAAGAAUAAAGUUAAAAUACGUAUAUUUAGUCCUAUCAUUCUCUUUAAUGAUUCAACAGCUGAUAUUUGCAGUGAUAGUCAGGUGAUUGAAUUAAAAAAACAAAAAGUGGAUGCUAUGCUUAAAACGAAUGUACAAUUUUGGAACAGUAUUAUUUAUAAUCAUCAUCAUCAAAAAAAUCUGUCACCACCUGAAACACCACCACCUUCGACCAUUUAUAAUAAUAGUCCUUCCCCUUAUUACUCAUCAUCUUGUUCAUCUGCCACUACUACUACUACUAAAUGGAAUCAAAAACGUCAAUCAGAAGAGGAUAAAGACAAUGAUGAUAGAAUGAUUCAAGAUGCUCAUAAAAAUAAAAAAUUAAAAACAAAAGCUACCACUACUAAUGCUGGUGCUGCUGCUACUACUACUACUGCUGCUGCUGCUACUACUACUACUACUACUGUUGUAACAACAAGUCAUCAUGGUCGAAAGAGAAGAGGCAACUUACCCAAAAAUGUGACAGCUAUUUUAAAACAGUGGUUAAUAGAACAUAGUAGACAUCCAUAUCCAACUGAAGAAGAAAAACGUGGAUUACGAUUAAAGACCAAUCUUACUUUAAAUCAAAUUAGUAACUGGUUUAUUAAUGCACGUAGACGUAUUUUACCAUUAAUUUUAUCUUCUCCUUAUCAACAAGAAGAAAAUAAUCCACACUCACUGAGAAAGAAAUCAAGAAGAAAGCGUGGAUGGAUUACUAAUCAUGCUACAACAGAUAGUAAACAUAUCAAACAAUUAUGUCCAAUUGUAAAAGAAAGAGAUGAAUUACCAUAAUUGGAUAUGUCAGACUUGAAUUAAAUCAAAAUACUUGUUGCAUAUAUUUAUAUAUAAUCAUAUAUAUGUGUAUAUAUACAUAUAAAGACAUAUAUAUACAAAUAUAUAUAAUGGUAGAAAAUUUAUUUAUGUAAUAAACCACAUACAUACACGCACACAUAUACAUACACAUGUAUUCAUACAUACAUACAUACGUAC